AUGGAGGAGAGGGAAGAUUUCAUGCUCUCACCAGAUGGUCACAGUGAAGCAACUUUCAGAAUAGCCCAUUUUCUAAAACCCAUUUCAAAUUCCAUUCAUGAACAACCUUUUGGCUUUAACCCAUCAUCAAUGUCUUACGUGUUUGACCCAAAAGAGUGGCCUUUAACAAUCAAGUUCAUUGGUUGGCGACAAAAACAACCGAAAUGGGGUUGUUGGGUUGAUCAACUUAAGCUCAAAUAUGAACCGGUUUGGAAGAAAGCUGGGAUUUUUGAUGCUAUAAUGAGUACCAAAUGCCGCAUACUGAAAAAUCAAAACUUGCUUUACGGGGUUGUGGAGAAAUGGUGUUGUGAGACUAAUACAUUUGUGUUUCCGUUUGGUGAGGCGACGGUAGGUUUGGAGGAUGUUAUGGUUCUUGGGGGUUACCCUGUCAUUGGUGAUCCUAUUUUCGCGAAUGUUAAAGACCGAGAAAUGAGAGUGGUGGAAAAGAAGAUGAUCAAUGCAAGAAAGGAACUUAAAAAGACUAAAACAGGUAAGCCAAGAAUAUCAUUAUGGAUGGAUGUUUUCAUGGAUAAAGGUAGUGAAGUUGAACAUGAAGCAUUCAUUGUUGCUUGGUUAUCAAUUUUUGUUUUUCCUAGAAAAUGCAUGUUGGUGAAAAGUUCUUUGUUUCCUAUUGCUAUUCAUCUUGCUAGAGGAAAUUCUAUUGCUUUGGCACCGGCUGUUUUAGCUAGCAUAUAUAAGGAUUUAAGCGUGUUUAAGAAAACCAUUGUUGAUUUGUCAAAAUUAUCUGUUGGUGGUGAUAGAUAUCCUUUAGAAGUUACUCUUCAAUCACCGUUUUACUUGGUUCAAAUUUGGGUGUGGGAGAGGUUCAAAAAAUUACAACCGCAACCCAUGUUGAUCAACCGUGGAGACCCUUUAUUGUUUAGAUGGCAUAGGGUACAAGCCUUGAAAAUUGACAAUGUUAAGCUGGAAUUAGACUUGGCUAUCAAUGAUUUUCUUUGGCGUCCAUAUUUUAGAUAUGCAGAUGAAUGUGGUGUAUUUUAUCCAAAUGAUGCAAUUUCGGUACCAUUUAAGAAAGAUUUGGAUAAACAAAUGCUCUCAUUUGUUAUAUGCCUGAGAGUUUCUGAGCUUGUUGGAUUUGACUCUAUAGAGCAGUAUUUGCCACAUAGAGUUGCUAUGCAAUUUGGAAUGGAUCAAGAUGUUCCAAGUUAUGUGCCUAGAUUUAAUGAGACUAAAUUCAUUGCUUGGAAAAACUAUUGUAGGCUUAUAUUUGAUACAGAUUUGUAUUUCCCACCAAGACUUUAUGAGGCAGAUGUAACCACACGUUAUGCAAUGUGGUGGAGGCAAUCAAUAUUGGGUCAUGUCGAUUUUGUUAAAAACAUUGUGAAGCGGAAGAGAAGUGAAAGCUCAAGGAAACACAGAGCUCAUGUUGGAAAAACUAACAGAAGUAUUAAUGAUGUUGGUGUUCCACCUGGAUUUCCUCCCAAUCUUGUUGACAUUCUUAAUUAUCAAAAUUUUUGUGAUGAUGUUCCUGCUGAAAUUUCUGCCCAUGAUUGUAUGAUAGCUGCUCAAAAUAUUGCUGCUCCUUCCAGAUCUGUUGAGGAUUGCACGCAUGUGUUGAAAUCGAAAAAUUUAGUCAACCAUUGUUCUUCAUCCUCUUUAGCAAAUUCUGAAUUUUUAACAGGGAGUUUGGAGGAAGAUUAUGAAGAUUCAAAUGGGAACAAAGAAGCAAGGAUGAUUGACAGAGUCUGUUUAUCUGAGACUCAAGGUGAAAGCAAACGGUUUUCUAUCACAAAAAAAGUCUCUUCGUCCAACAAUGUAACUGUUACGGAGCAAGAUCUUCAGUUUUUCCCGGAUAUUUCUGCUCAAGCAGAAGCUAAAGAAACGGUUGAAGGACAAGGAAGAAAAGAAAGUGAUCAUGAACUUGUGGUUUGGUUAAAAGAGCAAUACUUGAAGGAUCAAGAGGAACUCAGGCGUCUGGCAAGACAACAGGAAGAGAUGUUACGAUUAAUAGAUUCGAAGGAGAAGAGGGAUGAAGAGUUGAGGCAACUCCUCACUAGUGUUCUGAAGAAUCAACAACCACCAUCAUCUUCUUCUUAA